CAUAAAAACAAAAACAAAAACCAACGCAGUGAAGUGUUGGAGAAGCAAUCAAACUACGAAUGACAUCUUCUCCCGGGAUGGGGCGUUCAGCCCAUCUCGUUUACGCUCUUGGUUUUGUAAUCAUGGCAACAAUGGUUGCUGCUUCUUAUGAGCCCUACACUUAUAGCUCUCCACCACCACCAAUGUACAAUUCUCCUGCACCGAAAGUUGACUACAAGUCUCCACCACCUCCUUACGUAUACAGUUCUCCUCCACCUCCACCAAUGUAUUCGCCAUCUCCUAAAGUGGAUUAUAAAUCCCCACCACCUCCUUACGUCUACAGCUCACCACCACCGCCAUACUAUUCACCUUCUCCAAAGGUGGAUUACAAAUCUCCACCACCUCCUUACGUGUAUAGCUCGCCACCACCACCAUAUUACUCACCUUCUCCAAAGGUGGACUACAAAUCUCCACCACCUCCUUAUGUCUACAGCUCCCCACCACCACCACCAUACAUAUACGGUUCUCCACCCCCACCACCAUACUACUCACCUUCUCCUAAGGUAGACUACAAGUCUCCACCACCUCCUUACGUCUAUAGCUCUCCACCACCGCCCCCUUACGUUUACAACUCACCACCACCACCCCCGUACUACUCACCCUCUCCUAAAGUCGAUUACAAAUCUCCUCCACCACCUUACGUCUACACUUCUCCACCACCACCAUACAACUCACCUUCUCCAAAGAUUGAUUACAAAUCUCCACCCCCACCGUAUGUUUACUACUCCCCACCACCACCAUACUACUCGCCUUCACCUAGACCCAUAUACAAAUCGCCACCCCCACCAUACGUCUACAGCUCCCCACCACCACCUUAUUACUCUCCUUCACCCAAACCAUCAUACAAGUCUCCACCACCUCCGUACGUAUACAGCUCUCCACCACCACCAUACUACUCUCCUCCUAAACCCGCAUACAAAUCGCCACCACCACCAUAUGUCUACAGCUCUCCACCACCACCAUACUACUCGCCUUCACCUAAACCAGCAUACAAAUCUCCACCACCACCAUAUAUCUACAGCUCUCCCCCACCACCAUACUACUCGCCUUCACCCAAGACCGUAUACAAAUCCCCACCACCGCCAUACGUCUACAGCUCCCCACCCCCACCUUACUAUUCUCCAUCACCUAAACAUGUAUACAAAUCUCCACCACCUCCGUAUGUCUACAGCUCUCCGCCCCCACCAUACUACUCUCCUUCUCCUAAGCCCGCGUACAAAUCUCCUCCACCACCAUAUAUCUAUAGUUCUCCACCACCACCAUACUAUUCUCCUUCCCCUAAGCCCGCAUACAAAUCACCACCACCUCCGUAUGCCUACAGCUCUCCGCCCCCACCAUACUACUCUCCUUCUCCUAAGCCCGCUUACAAAUCUCCUCCACCACCAUAUGUCUAUAGUUCUCCUCCACCACCAUACUAUUCUCCUUCCCCUAAGCCAGCAUACAAAUCACCACCACCGCCAUAUGUGUACAGUUCUCCCCCACCACCAUAUUACUCGCCUUCUCCCAAGCCCGCUUACAAAUCUCCACCACCACCAUAUGUAUACAGCUCCCCACCUCCACCUUAUUACUCUCCUUCACCAAAACCUGUAUACAAAUCACCACCACCACCAUAUGUUUACAACUCUCCACCACCACCAUACUAUUCACCAUCACCUAAGGUGGUAUACAAAUCUCCACCACACCCACAUGUUUGUGUUUGUCCACCUCCUCCUCCAUGUUACUCUCCUUCUCCAAAGAUUGAGUACAAAUCUCCCCCAACACCAUAUGUUUACCAUUCUCCACCUCCCCCACCUUAUUACUCGCCUUCACCUAAACAUGCAUACAAAUCCCCACCACCACCGUACGUCUACAGUUCCCCACCACCACCGUACUACUCCCCUACUCCUAAGCAUGCAUACAAAUCUCCUCCACCACCAUACGUUUACAGCUCCCCACCACCACCAUACUACUCACCUUCCCCUAAGCCCACAUACAAAUCUCCUCCACCACCGUAUGUCUAUAGCUCUCCACCCCCACCACCGUAUUACUCCCCUUCUCCAAAGGUUGAAUACAAAUCUCCUCCACCACCAUAUGUUUACAGCUCUCCACCUCCACCACAGUAUUACUCUCCUUCUCCAAAGGUUGAGUACAAAUCUCCUCCACCACCAUAUGUCUACAGCUCUCCUCCCCCCCCACCGUAUUAUUCUCCUUCCCCAAAGGUUGAAUACAAAUUUCCUCCACCACCAUAUGUCUACAGCUCUCCACCCCCACCACCAUAUUAUUCUCCUUCUCCAAAGGUUGAGUACAAAUCUCCUCCACCACCAUAUGUCUACAGCUCUCCACCUCCACCACAGUAUUACUCUCCUUCUCCAAAGGUUGAGUACAAAUCUCCUCCACCACCAUAUGUCUACAGCUCCCCACCUCCACCACCAUAUUACUCUCCUUCUCCAAAGGUUGAGUACAAAUCUCCUCCACCACCAUAUGUCUACAACUCUCCACCUCCACCACCAUAUUACUCUCCUUCUCCAAAGGUUGAGUACAAAUCUCCUCCACCACCUUAUGUCUACAGUUCACCACCUCCACCAUCGUAUUACUCUCCAUCACCAAAGGUUGACUACAAAUCGCCACCACCACCAUAUGUCUACACAUCUCCACCACCACCAGCAUACUCUCCAUCUCCAAAGGCCGAAUACAAAUCUCCUCCUCCACCUUCGUAUUAUUAAACUCCUUCUAUAUAAUUCAUAAAUAAGAUACCAAGUCUCAUGUGAUGUUUUGUCUUUUUAUUUUUCUUGUGCUAGUCCUUUUUAAUUUUCAAGGUUGGAAUGGAUUCUUUGGCUAUUGAAAUUUCAUUUAAAUACAUGUUUCCAUUGUCUUUUAUAUUUGUUAUGUGGUUGCCUUUAAUCCAUAUGUAAGUUUGUUGCAGUUCUAUGCAUCAUGUUCUCGACCUUA